UCUCCCUCAACGCUGGAUGUUGCCCCCCGCUCGCUAUCUUUUUGAGCCCGACAUCCCACUUGUUUUCACUAACAAAAGCCAACGUUCUCUCUAGAUUUUCCUUACGCGUUCCUCUUUUGCUGACUUUUGCAUAACAUUGGACAAGAUGGUUCGGAAGGAUCCUAUAUUCGAAGCCCGUACGAAUGUCAAGCUACACUCUAAUCGAUUGAAAAAGGAGGCCGCCCGCGCGGAAGCGACCUUCAAAUCUGAGAAGGCAAAGGCCGACAAGGCCAUGAAAAAUCGUGAAUUCCAGAUCGCCCGCAUUCAUGCUGCCUCUGCUGUACGUGAGAAACGCAGACAGGUGACACUCAAAGCAGAGGCUGCCCGAGCUGAUGUCAUCAUCAAUGAGCUCAAGGCAGCACAGAGCACUCGGGACACCUCUCGGACGCUUGCGUUGGCAUCACGGGGCUUGGAUGCUGCGUCCAAGAGUGUGAACCUUGAGAGCCUGGUCUCUCAUGCAAAUAACUUCCUGGCGCGCUCUGAAGAUUUCAAGAUCGCUAGCAAUGCGAUCGAGGAUGUUGCACAAGGUGUCUCUUUGCAAGAAAACGGGGCGGAGGGUGAAGCCGAUGUGGAUCGCCUGAUGGAGCAACUUGCUGAUGACGCUGGUGUGGACCUACGGAUGGCUUUGGAGCAGGAUGUUGCCCCUAAAGAGGACGUUAAGGUUCCUAGGCAGGCCGAUUCUGAGCUUGAGGAUGGCUUGGAUGCUAGGCUACGGGCUCUUAGGGCGACCAACUGAAUUCUAACCUGAUAGUCUCUGACAUAUUCUUUCACGUUGCCUUUUCAUCGUUAUUCUUCUCUUUCGGGCGAGCUACGGCAGUAGUGAAUAGUACCUCGGGAAUGCUUGGUCGAAAUUUGUUUGCUUACAUUCUGGGAGUGGCCCAUGGGUACCCUGGUGUGUCGCCCCGCUAUGGGCACUUACGAUGUUAUGUGUCAUUACCAUUCUACUCUGUAUACUCUUUAUGGUCCUCACUGUCGCUCUUCUUACUGGCAUUGCAUUUGUUGCGGGUCACCCCCAGGCGC